GUAUCAGUCAUGAUUGCGCUAUUAGGUGACGUGUCCUUGACCCAGUUCCUGGCUCUUACUUUUGUUCUAUUGGUUGUGGUCUACUACCUGUAUGCCACACGUCAUCAUGGCGUCUGGGAGAAGCUGGGAGUCCCCGGACCCAAACCCUGGCCUAUCAUUGACCACAAGCUAGAACAAAAGGACGGAGAGACCGCGGCUAUCAGGAAAUGGUUCCAGCAGUACGGCAAUACCUUCGGAGCCUACGGUCUCAUUCCACAACAUGCUGUCUGGUUACCAAAGACUACAUUUUAUAAUACUGUCUUUUAUUUUUAUUUUUCAAGGUCCCGUCCAAGAAAAACUUUUUCGUCUAUUAAAUACAGUCUAACAACGGCGACUGGAGAUAGAUGGAGACGAGCUCGGCAUGUCACCAGCCCAAUGUUUACUGCAUCAAGAAUGAAACUGAUCCUAAAACACGUCGGUGAUAGUGCUGAAACAUUGACUCAGCUCAUUCGGCAGAAAGCUGCAAAAAGCCAGCUGAUUCCUCUCAAGCCGAUUGCCGGCAAAUUUUCCACUGAAGUCAUUGCCAGAAUUGCCUUUGGCGUGGAGACUCACGCAGUGUCUGAACAGGAAACUGAGUUUGCAUACUAUGCCCGAAAAUUUCUCAAUCUUGACAGUAAAUUCCAAGACAUAGUUGAAAAAGUUUACCAGUAUUUCCCACAGAUUGACCAAGUUCUCAGAUUCCUCAAAUUUAAUAGCGAUUUUGUUGAUGAAAAUGCCGACGAGUAUUUUGUGAAGAUUCUUAACUCGACAAUUGAAGAAAGAAAACGAAAAAACCAGGCCGGUGAGAAGGUUAGAGAUCUGCUGGAUAUGUUGAUCAAAGCAGGUGUUACAGACGACGAUCCUAAAUUAAAAGACACGGACGCAAGAGCCAUUACUCAUAAUGAAAUACUAGGGAAUUCAACCAUUUUAAUUCUAGCUGGAGUAGAGACCGUAUCCAUAAGCUUUCAGUCCAUUCUCUACUGUUUAGCUGUGCAUGAAGACAUCCAGGAGAAGGUUAUUGCUGAAAUCGAUCAAGUCUUUCCCAAAGGAACAACCGUCGACUAUGAGCAGCUGAAAGAGCUCAAGUAUACAGAACAAGUUAUUAAUGAAUGUUUGCGACUGUUUCCUCUGCUUUCAACAGUGCUACGUAUAGCUGCUGAAACAGUAACGUAUGGAAACAUAACCAUACCGAAAGGCACUUACGUUCUUAUUUGUCUUGGGGAAAUUAUGAAGGACCCUACGCAUUGGCCAGACCCAGAAAAGUUUGACCCAGACAGAUUUAGUCCAGAAAACAAGGCUGGCCGAGAUCCACUGGCUUUCGUGCCCUUUGGGUACGGACCAAGGAUCUGCCUGGGGAUGCGCCUGGCGAUGAUGGAGCUGAAGACCAUCAUGGUUUACUUGUUCAGAGAAUUUCGAUUUACUCUGUCAGACCGAACUGUACCGAAGAAGGGAGAGACACCUGUGAUGAAGAGGUUGGGGUUCAUUGGAACACGUCCAAAAGAUCCAAUACAGCUGGAAGUUGUACGCAGAUUAUAA